AUGUCUACCAGCAAGAGAAGAACGAAUUCUCUAGCAAACAGUCCACAAAGCAACACUACAUUCCUCCCGCCAACAAACUUACGAGAAAAUGCUUCUUCAGUCGGCUCACCUGUUUUGCCCUCUUCACCUCUAUCACCACUAACAUCGGGUAAUGUUGUUGCAUCCAAUGAUAAUGAUGGAGAGUUGAGAAGGGUUGGAUCGAUACCACAAACUCUGAUUCAAUUCCUAUUGAAUUCUUCACCCUCUUCGUAUUUGGAAUCGAGUGGUUCUAAUAAUCCGGAUGAAUUGAUUAAUUCGACAUUCUAUGUUGGAGAUGUUCAUGCUUUUCAAUCUAAUAUGAAUAAUAACAAUACUAAUACUACUAAUGGUACUACUUGUUAUCAUGAAAAUUCAUCAUCUUCAUCACCUAACACUGGAAAUGGAAGAAGAAGAGCAUCAUCUUCAGCUGCUUCCUCUCCCCGAAUACGUUCCAAGAGUACAACAAAUAGUACUAAUAAUAAUGAAGCAAAUUCACCCUCUCGAUUCACUCAUCAUCAUUCUUUAUCGAGUGGAGAAGAAUCCAAUCAUCAUCACCAAGUAAAUAAUCCAAAUAUCAUUGUGGAUAAUCAGCCCACACCAUCUAAUAAUACUAAUGGUAGUAAUAACAAUAGCAAUAAUAGUAAUAAUAACAAUCAAACAGCAACGACAACAGAAGGAAAACAAUUGUAUAGAGAAGCAGCCUCUAUGAAUUUACUUCAAGUUGGUAAGGCAUCCAGCACUGCUAAACAGUCCUCCACCUCGACAUCAUUACACUACUUGCAACCUCUUCCCGAACAAUUUAGAAUUUCAGAAGACGAUUUACCAUCACUCUCACUUCCAACUUUUCUACCAACAGUUUCAAAUAAUUCAACCAAUUUAAAUAGAGCACUCUCACCAAAUUCAAUAACAUCAACAACAACAAUGGACGCUUGCUACUCAACACCAACACCUACCAGUGCUGAUUCUAAAACUCCAAGAACCUUCUCUGGAAGAUCGACCACUUCCGAUCAUUCCAAUUCUUCAAAUUCCUUCUCUGAAGGUCUUCCUCAAACCAAGAAUAAUGUAAUUAACUUUUUCAGGGAGAAAUCAUUUCAAAUUACGAAUAUUGGACAUGGUUCAUCAAAUGGAAAGGCUAAAAAGAUGACAGCCAUUAAUCAACAUUCCUCAAUUGGAUGGUGGGAGAAAUUCGAUUUAAUGCCUUUCAUAUUUAGUUUCAUUUCGAGAAGUGAACAACGAUGUAGUUUGAGAUGGGUCUGUAAAAGAUGGGCAACCAUUCUCAUUGAUGCAGAUUAUGAUACUUGUAUAAUAGGUGUGGAAGGUGAUGAAGUGAAUGCUCAUGUGACAUCGAGGGAGAGAAGGUCAACCAUAAUGGUAAAUUUACCAAACUCUCAGAAAAAGGCAUCUUCUCUACAAGUUAAUAAUACACUCUCUCAGGUAGCACUCAUUCAUCACUUUGUUGCUAGAGAUUUUUCAGGUGAGGAGGCAUCAAGUGGAAUUUUGUACAAAUUUUGUUCACUUAUGCAUUCGAGAAUUGUAAGACAGGAUUUAAUGAAUCAAUUGGCCAACAGUUCUGAAGAUGAAAAAUUAUUUGCAUUGAAUGAAAGAGAAAAACAAGAAUGGGAAUCACAAAUCAAGAUUAAUAUUUGGGCACAAGAUCAUUGGAAGAUUAUGAAUGAUUUGAGAAAGAAACGAUCCAAUUCUCUGACACCUCGUGGUAGUGUGGCUUCAUCAGAGAAGGCCAAUUCGACCAAGAAAAAGUUAGGGGCUCUCUUUAACACCAAGACUCCAAAUGCAAGUCCAGAUACCUCAUCGAUAACUUCCCCUAAUGCUGAUGACAUAUUGUCAGAGUCGCCUCUAUUCUUCUCAGCCAUUGCCAUCACUGAAAGUCCUUCUGAGAUUUUUAAGCGUACACUUCAGGAAAGACACGACACUUAUUGCAAUCUCUAUCUUCAAUUCUUCUACAUGGUCUCACAGCAACCACUCGUAUAUAAUGAGUUGUGCAAAUUGUGCAACGCUUCACUGAAUCUUCAAAAGGAUAACAAGCAAAAGAAUUACAAUGAUAUCAACACACCAGAAGGUGUUUAUGAAUCAAUGAUUUCCAAUAUUGCAGCAUCAAAAAUCACUCCAGAAAUGCUCUUGUACAAAUUAUUUGAGAGAGUCUUUACAUUAGAUACUGAAAAUCAUGAAAAGUUAUGGAUGAGAUGCUUCCCAAAUAUUGAAAAGUCAUUCAUUCGUGCUCAAGUUCAAAAUAAUCCAGAGGUGAGGCAUGAUUUUUUCAAGCAAUACCUAUUUGAAGUUGAGGUUUUAUUGGAUGUGCUAUUUAUUUGGAUUAAGGAUUUUGGAUUCAAAAGAUAUUCCACUCUUGAUUUUUAUAGAACCAAUGGUGCGUUGUGCGAGGUCCAUAUGAUUGAAUUGGUCGAAGCUUUUGCCUCCUAUGCUCUUUGUCAUUGUAGUUUUUCAAAUGGUGAUAAUGUCAUUCACAAAAAAUGUAUCAAACUCUUCAAGCUUAUUGAUAUGACCAAAGAUUCAUUGGAUUUUGAGUGCUCUUCCAUGAUGAAUGAUCUAAUUCUCUCUCGCUCCAUUCAACCAAGUAAUACUACCUCAUCUCAACUACCAACACCAGAGAAUAACCCAUUCGUUUCAGCAACAUUGGAAUCAAAAAGUAUUUUCAUUUCUCAAAGUGAAAAUUCACCUCCUUUAUGUACAGUAGAAGAUUUUGUCUUUCAUCAAUUUAUACUGAUGGACUACUUGUUCAGACAUGUCAGCUUAUUUGAAAGUAGAACACUUGUAUACAAGUCUAGCUCUCCACAAAACUACGACCCUUCACAGACUAGAUUCAUGGUUCUUAAAAAGCUCUGCAAUAUUUUCAAUAAUUUGAGUAAUUACCUCCUAGUUUCCUGCCUUUCUGAGCCAUCUCUAGAAAAGCGUUCACAGAUAUUGGAAAAGAUUGAACAAAUUAAGGCAUUGAGUUUUAGUGUCAAUGAUUUUAGUACUACCAUGAUUUGUACGAGUACCAUAAAUUCUUCAGCUCUUGGAAGUAACAAAUUUACUCUUGCCAGAUGUCAAGAACUUUUAGGAAAAGAAUUACAUUCAAUGGUAACAACCAUAUCAGAAAAAUGUACAGUGAAAGGCCUAAGACAGGAAGCAAUAGCAAAAGAAUCAGAAUUGCUCGUUCCAUUCCUUGGUGCCCUAUUGACAGAUAUUUCAUUUAUCAGUGAGAGUCAUAAUGACUUUGUUUCUAGCAAGUAUGGUGUUAUUUUUAAUUGUCACAAGUAUCAACUCAUGACUCAAACCAUGAAACGUCUCCAUUCAAGAAGAUUGAAAAAACCAUCAAUCUGCACACCACUCAUCGCUCAAGUACCUGAGAAAACAAGAAAACUCAUUCUUAAAAGAAAGUUAGGAGAUAAGAUUCUUGCCAAAUUGAAAUUAAUUCCCCAACAACAAAAUCCUUCACCACAAGAUGAAUCUGCCAUGAUUAGAAUCAAUGUACAAUUAUUGGAAUUUCUCGCCUAUUUACUCUUUGAUUGGAAGCAAAUGGAAGACAAACCACUUUAUGAUUUGGCAUUAAGAAAUGAACCAAGGAAAGCUACAAAGGAUCAAAUAAAGCCAUAA